UUGUCUAAACAGUAAGUACAAUUCUUAGUCAUGCUUUUUAAAAUACACAUGUAUUUUACUUUCCUCGUCUUCGAAAUGAAAAAUAGAGUGUUUAACUAGGGUGAAAGGCACCAUUUUAGUCUCAGACUAUUGUCGGUCUCCCAGCGUGUGAGCGCCAAACUAGCUCGACAGAAAUGAGUGCCUUUUAUCCCUUGGUUAACAAUCAACUAUAAAUGUAUGUUGUUGAUUUAUAAAUCAUUACUCAAUUCCAGUUGAGUUUAUAUAAAGGUAAUGGUAUUUGUGAAUAAACAAAAAAAUUAAUCUUCUCUACAAUUUAUCAAAAACUUGCUUUUCCCGACUAAGACUUACCCUUAUGACCAAUGAAUGUAUUCACAUAAUCACUUUUAUUUAAAAGUUGAUAUGAAAUAGACAUGUAUUUUAAUCUUGAAGUACUUUUUUACAUCAUUGGACAAUUUCACAUUGUGCUCAGUAUAGAAUAUUUUACCUUGGCGGAUGAUCAUAUAAACGAUUUAGCGACUUGCCUUGUAAAUAUAAUAUCCAGAGUCCACAUUGGGGCUGAAUUGGCUAUAAUUAACAACGAUGAGAUGACCAACGAUAUGAUUCGUGGUAUUCAUGCAUCAAGCAAUGCCAAGCUAUAUAUCAAAGACUACAACAAGCCAGUGAACAACACAUCACCUCAUGUGUUUAUAAUACACGUUGAAGACUUUGUGGCUUUAAAAGUUGUAAUUGGUGAAUUAGACAGAGAUUGGAAUCGAAAACCAGAGUCCUUGCAUAUCAUUAUUUUAACAGAAACAGCCAAAGAGGACCGUUUAGCGAUAUUUCGAUUAUUGUGGGAAUACCAUAUAAUAAAAGCCCUCAUUAUUACUGGUGACGUGGAUAAUAAAGCAUCAAUAUACACUUAUUUUCCUUACGAAGAGGGAUGGUGUGGGUUGGGCUACAACAAUAUUAUCAAGGUAUGCGAAUGUGAAGAUUCUGAUGUAUGGGACGUCUUCCUAAUUAUUGAUUAUCUGGAUAAACCUGCAUUAAGGAAUUGCACUCUACGUGUCGCUACUCACAACUACCCUCCAUUGGUUUUAGAGGACCCGAACCCUGACAAUAUAUUUGCUGUAGGUAUUGAGCGAUACUUGGUAGAAAUGUUUUUUGCGCAAGAGAACAUAACCUUAAAUUAUACAUUUUUCCCCGAAACGGAUGAAUUUGGAAAUAUUUCUGAUAAUUUCACAGUAACUGGAGUUCUCAGCAAGUUAUAUAAAAAUGAAGUUGACGUUGUUUUUGGGGGUUUCGCGCUAAAUCAUAGACGAUCAGCAUUUUUUAGUUACAUUUGCUCGCACUUGACAGUUGAAGAUAGUUUUGUGGCUAUAUCUCCUAGAGCUGAUUUAUUGGAAAGAUGGAAAAUAGUUUAUAUUAUAUUUAAUACAUUCGGUUGGUCAAUAAUACUGUUACUAUACUUUAUUUGUGCUAUGUUUUUAUCAUUUUUUAAUAAUUCGAGUGGGAGCCGAAAACACAAUUAUUAUUGUUCAGUGGUAUUCAAACUUAUUGGAAACACUACUAAUAAUACGGCUUUGGUUCUAACAGACAAUAUUUAUAAAAACGUGCUUACAAUACAUUGGAUAUGGUAUAUGUUUUUACUAUGCACUUUCUAUCAAACGCAAUUAACGACUUACACAACAUAUAGAUUGUAUAAAUCUCAAGUAAAUGAAUACAUGAAUUUACGUAACUAUAAUUGGAGCCCUUGUUUAGCUACUGAUAUAGGGCCGUUUUUGAAAAACUCGGGCGAUAUUCCUAUAAUAAAUGAAAAAUAUUUAGAAUAUCAAGAAUGCGAGACUGGAGAUCUAGCUCUGGACCAAGUAGCAAAAACACAGACCAAGUACACCGUAACAAAUUACUUAAGAUAUCAAUGGUGGAUUACCCAGCAUCCACACGGAAUAAAAAAAAUUCAUCUGAUGAGAAACAACUUUUAUAAUUUGCUCUAUGGUAUAUUUUUCAAACGUGGAUUUCCGCUUUUGGAUACGUUCGAAUCACAUAUAUGGCGUUUUGCUGAAUAUGGUUUUAUUGAAGCUAUUAAAAGUUUUCACUGUCUACGUAAAUAUUCAAGGACAUCAGCGGCUAUAAAUCAUUCAUUAGAGAUACGUGUUCUUAUAUUAGAAGAUCUAACUAUACCGUUUGCCAUUCUGAUUUCCGGCAUAAUAUUGUCAUGCUUCAUAUUUACUAUUGAGUUUUCGUACACACGCAGAAGAAAUGUAAACUGGGUUUUCAGUCCUUAAAUAAGCAUUAUUCUUAACGAUGCUUAUACAGUGAAACUUGGUUAAGUGUUAUCUGGAUAGGUGGGAAACCUCCAUAGGUGGGACUUAUGUUGCGGUCCCGACACUUUAGCAUUGAAUUACCACUGUUAGUAAGAUAAAACAAACCUCUGUAACUGA